AUGUCUUCUCCACAAAACGUCACCUUUUCCUCCCGCAACUACAAGCUUGCCAGCCACUUCUACCCUCCCGUGGCCGGCUCUCCCGAUCGCUCUGGCGCGGCCAUUGUAAUUGCUCACCCUUGGACAUCCAUCAAGGAGCAGUCGCCAGCCAACUACGCUCGCGUUCUGACGCAAGCCGGCUUCACCUGUCUGACCUACGAUGCCGCCUACCAAGGCGAGUCAGAAGGCGAACCGCGCGAUCUAGAAGAUCCCUAUCAGCGUGUCGAGGACAUUAAAUCUGCCGUUACCUACCUCGUCAGCCGCAAGGAUGUCGACUCUGAGAAGAUUGGCGUACUCGGCAUCUGCGCCUCGGGUGGGUAUGCCCCGUUCGCAGCUCAAACCGAUCUACGCAUCAAAGCCUGCGCGACCGCGGCCGCAGUAUGCGUCGGCACCAUGGCUCGUCGUGGCUACGAAAAGGAUUCCUCCAACAUGGAUAUCCUCAAGACUCAGCUCGAAGCUGCUGCAAAGGAUCGCAAUAGCGAUGUGGGCGGCGAGAAGGUCCCCAUUGUCCAUAUGCUUCCUGAGAAGCCGGAAGAUGCCCCGGCAGACUUCCCAGACUCGUUCCGGGACUUGAUGAACUACUAUCGGACUCCGCGUGCUUUCCAUCCUCGCGCGACGAAUACCACUUUGCCUCGCAGCUGGGAUAUCAUGGGCAACUUUGAUGCUUUUGCGCAUAUCGAUAUGAUCAGCCCCCGACCAUUGCUGAUGAUCACUGGUACCAAGGCGGCUACUAAGUGGUACAGUGAGGAUGCGGUGCAGAAGGCCAAGGAGCCCAAGCAGUUACAUGUCGUUGAAGGGCUGACUCAUGCAGACCUAUAUGACCAGGUUGAUGAGGCUGGUGCGAAGUGUGUCGAGUUCUUUGGAAAGAGCCUCGUCUAA